AUGCGUAUUGUCCGUGUCAGGACCACUUCUAAUUAUAGUAUAUGUUCUUUUUGCCCAUCUGCCCAUCUGCCCAUCUUUCACUUUGCUCGUCCUCUCUCGUUGCCGCCGGCCCGCUCGCCUGCUGGCCGACCGACCGGCCAGCCAAUGACCAAUUACGAUCGUGGCCAAAUCCAAAUCAAAUUAGCGCAUGGCCCACCAGAACGGGUGCUGAAAGGCAUCCAGACUCGACAACCUACUUUGGUUUUGGUCCCGCCUCGGACUGGGCACCACCCACACGGAGAUUCGAACCGUAGACGCCAGGGCGAAUGUAUCAAAUGUACUGAAAGCAUGUGCGAGUCUGGCUGGGGAAGUUGGGAAAACCGGGGCGAGGUCGCAACGGCCGUCGUGUCAGUGAGGAAAACCGCAGUGGUGGAUGCAUGUAAUCAUCAAUUUCAACAUAAUGUAUAUCAGUAG